GAGAACACGCUACUGCUUGGAAUUUAGGACUGCUCCCUUUUCUACCCCUACAGAUCCUUGGCCCCUGCUGACCUCUCCAAGAGUGCAGGAUUGUGCUGAUGUGUAUGCUUGGGAGUUUCAUCCAGUCCCUGCUGCUGGUGGGGGUGCCUGUGGCCACUGUGCUCCUGCUGUUACAGUGCCUUCGUUGGAGCUUCCCCUGCAGCAGGCGUCAAGGAAAUUCAGAGGGCCCACAGGGCCAGGAGGAGCCAGUUCCUGAGCCCAUCUCUCUGCCAGAAGAUGGGGCCUCCAGACAGUUUCAGCCAGCCACCCUGACAGAGAUGGCCAGCUUCUAUCAGGAGCUGCACACACCCUCUGAGGGCCAAACUGUGGUGCGACAACUGAUGAACAAGCUCUUGGUGUUUGCAUGGCGUCAGGUGGAUCACCUGGGGGGCUGUCUGCUGCUCAAGGACAUGGGUAUCUCUCUGUUCAUCCCUCCAGGUGCAGUAGCUCUGGGACGCCGGGAACAGGUAUCUCUGGCCCUGGUGUGGGACUUGUCUGAUGCCCCCUCACUGUCGAGUACCCAGGCCUUGGUGAGCCCUGUAGUGGCGUGCAACCCCCAUGGAGCCUCCUUCCUGAAGCCCUGCAUGCUCACUUUUAAGCACUGUGCCCAGAACCCUGCCUAUGCCUGUACCUAUUCCAGCAACACUGCCCUGCUUGAUGCUAAGGUCUGGAAACCCCUAGGAGAGCCUGGGGCUCACACUUCAAGAGAUGAGUGCCGAAUCCCCCUCUCCCACUUCAGUCUCUAUACCUGUGUUCUGGAGGCUCCCAGUGCGUGUGAUGCCCGAAAGUGGUUGCAGUUGGCUGUAUUCUGCUCACCCCUGGUACCAGGACAGUCACACUUGCAGCUACGUGUCUAUUUUCUCAACAACACCCCCUGCGCCCUGCAAUGGGCGGUGACCAAUGAGGAGCCUUAUGGUGGGCGCCUCCGCGGGCCCUGCCAACUCUUUGACUUCAUGGGAACUCGAGGGGACCAAUAUCUGAAGCUCAAGUAUAUCUCUGAAGGCUGGGAAAAUGUGGAUGACAGCAGCUGCCAGAUGGUCCCCUACCUCCACAUUUGGCAUGGAAAGUGCCCCUUCCGCUCCUUUUGCUUCAAGAAAAAAGGAACCAAUGAAGAUGAAGAUAACUCAGCACUGACCAAUGAGAUUAUUGUCACCAUGCAUACCUUCCAGAAUGGCUUGGAGACCAAGUACAUGGAAAUCCUAAGGUUCCAGGCAUCAGAAGAAGAAACCUGGGCAUUACCUCCUCCAGUCUCCCGACCUGCCCCAUGCAACAGGCUGCCUCCAGAGCUCUUUGACCAGCUACAGAUGCUACUGGAGCCAAGCAGUAUCACAGGCAAUGACUGGCGCAAGCUGGCAUCCCACCUAGGGCUGUGUGGUAUGAAGAUCAGGUUCCUGUCCUGCCAGCGGAGUCCAGCAGCAGCUGUCCUGGAACUGUUUGAGGAACAGAAUGGGAGUCUCCAGGAGCUUCACUACCUCAUGACAUCCAUGGAGAGAUUGGACUGUGCCUCGGCCAUCCAAGUCUUCCUUAACUGCAACCAGGGCCAAAUUCGAACACCAUUAGGCACUCCAGUCAUAGCCCACAAAACUGGGUUCAGUGAAGACUUGGAGCUUGAUGUGAAACUUUGAGCCAAGGUGAUAGCUGUACCACCUUCCCAAACUAGCAGGGCUGGGCAAGGCUUGGGAAGGGGCUGUGCUUCCAGAAUCCAUUUUUCCAAAGUUUCUAGAUUGGAGACCUGGGCAAUUUUUCCUUUGGACAUCAUGGAGUAAAUGAGACAUCUAUCAUCAACAGGUGGAUCCUGGGGCUAGCACCCAGAGGUACCAGACCUUUUAUAAUCACUCACACACUGCCUACUGAAUUCAGCAGGGGACUACAUAGUGUGGCCAAGGAAAUCUGCCCUCCCUGCAACUGCCCCUCAUCUUAUGUUUCCACUAUUUGUGGAUGGAUAACCACCAAAAUCAGGGAAGGGUUGGAGGGAAGCAAUAACUACUGGGACAUGAAGACUUUCUGACUUGACCAAAUUCUUUUCUGCAGACAUCAGCAGCAGGGUACAAAUAACAGAAGGCUAGUUGGAAUCCUCCAACCUUCAUAACCCCCUGGAUUAUCAAGGAUGGGGGAGAUCUUAGAUUACCUCACUCUAUGUCCUCAUUCUACACAUGAGGAAACCUAUCUAGAGAGUUUGUGGAACUUGUCUAGGUGAUGGCCGAUCAAACUGAAAUCAAUAGCAUUUGUUUUUUUUUUUUCAGUAUUUACUAUUUAACCAAUACUGUGUCAGGCACUGUGGGGAAAUAUGAUAAAGACAGAAAGUUGGGUCUCUGCCCUUCUGGAGCUCAUGGUUCUGGCUGUGGUAGUGAGACCAACAGGAUUGAAAUCACAGUAAACACUACAGGUGCAGUCAAUUAAUACUGUGUUCAGAGGAUCAAUUGGUGUGGGAUGAAGUAGUUUAUGAAGGCUUCUUAGAGGGAGAAUUUAAGCUAGGCCUUGAAAGGGGAUUAGAAUUCAGGGAGAGAAAGAGAAAAUUCUACAUGGGGCAGAAGAACAUGGCCCAAAGUGCAGGGAUAGGACUGAGUAUGGUAUGUUUGGAUCAGUGUGAAAGGAUCAGCUUGAUAGUGAGAAUAAAGGGAGGGGAGAGAGGAGGAGAUCCAGAGUUCAGAUCUCACCUAUCUGUCCGGCUAUUUCUAUUCUGUCUUUCCAUAGCUUUCAAUCUCUGUACUUUUUGAUCAGAAUGUUAGAAAUGGAAGAGAACUUUAAGGUCAUGGUAAUUAUUCCCUUUAUCAUUAUAAGUUUAGAGUUAUUGCACCCUCCAAGUUUCUUCUUCCUUCUCUGUGACUCUGUCUCAAUUUUUCUCUUUCUGAAAUUCUUCAGCAGGCAGUUUGCAGCAUAUCAAUGUUCCCCAAAGGCUAUUAAAAAAAAAGCAAUAUAUAGGAUAUUUUAAUCACACCUCUAAGCUGGCUUAGAAGGGGUUAAGAAAAAAGGGUAGCAUAAAAAGAUAUGUUUCCAGCUGUGGAAUGAAUCUACUCUAAUACUGGUAAUUCUUAACUGGUGCUCAGUUGGCCAAAGACAGGCAAAGCAUCUAUUCGGCCACAAAAAGUUUGGCUUUCCUUUAUACUUGAACAAAAUAAAAUGGAUGUUUCCUUGCAUAUGUUUGUAUUUUCAUAACAAAUGCAGAAUUGUGUAAAAUAGGAUUCAGCAGCCCAUGUAUAAGAUGAAUAUACAGAUUGAAGUGGAAUGUCCUACCCCUAAAUCUUGAGGAGAUUAGAAUUCCACCUUUGUGGGGAUCAGGAGUUCACCUGUGCUUAAAAAUCACAUUUAGCCAUUAUCUAUUUAAUUUUUGAAGCAUAGAAAUGAAACUCUUUUUUGAUGGGGUGAGGGAGGGUUAGAAUAAAAGCUGUUUUCUCUCAUUGUUCUAGAGGAUAAGUAGUUCUACUCAGACCUGGAAGACAACAGAUAAGGUAAUCUUGGUAGGCUUAACAUCCCUUCCCCGCCUAAUUUAUAUUCUGCAAAAGUUAAUCACAAAUAUGGAGUGAACAUAUUUAUCAAAGCAAAUAGUAAAAAAGGAAGGGGAAGUCUUAUAGAUUAAUUUAGUUGACACAGGGUACAAUAAUAUGAGGGCUUAGCAAUUUAGGGAUAAGAAGAAAUCUCAGCUCACUUGGACAGAAGACAAUCAUAUCAGAGUAGUCAAUCCAGACUCUUUGGGGAGUUAGGGGUUGGGAAUCAAAGGAUGUUUUGGGAUGUAGCUCCUUCCCACAGGUUUGUGGCUCUGGGAUUCCUUUAGUCAUCAUUCAAAAUCUGUCCUUUUUCUUUAUCCCUCUUUCUUCUCUCUCAAAUGUCUUUCAGCCAAUUAAGUAAGAGUCAUGCCAGAGGACCACUGUGCACACAACUUUCAAGCUCAUUUACGCGUUCAGGUUGCAUUUUGUUGGAUAAAUCAAUUUGGGUGUGUGCAAAUGUUAGGUGGAUAAAAUUGGAGGUAUAAAAAUGCCCUGUUAUUCUGCUGAUAUUCUUCAAGAAAAAUCACUCUUUCUUUCCUUUUUCUCUAUAGGGAAAACUCACUGAGAAGUGAGGAGCAACUUUUUUGCCACUCCUAGAGUUUGGACUAUUGUUAAAUAUAUAGAAAUUUACAAACUAUUAGCAUCUCUCCUCUGCCUACCAGAAUCAGCUAUCAUUCAGUGUUUUUUCCUCUUCCCUACUUAUCCUCUGGAAUGACUGAUUAUUGUCAUAGAGUGUGGUUGAUUAAAUCUCCAGAGAGGAAUGCAGGGAAGAGGGGUGGUGACUGAAAUUAAACAAAUAUUCCCCCCCCCCCAAAAAAAAAAAA